AGCAAAAUUUGGAGGCAUUAGUCACACAGUAAUCCAGUUCUCAGCAUCUCCUGGCGUGAUCUAGCAGAAGUGAUGCCCAAAAACACAUCCUCGAACCGGAGUGUUAGUCAGGUGUCUGCAGAAGAACAGCUGCACACAUCAGCCGCUCAGAUGAAGGAUGCGCAGAAGGCAGGUAUUGAAAAGGACGAGUGUCCAAAGACAGAUGCAGCUGAUGGUCCCUUUGUUCCAACGGUCACUGCUGUAGCUUCAGCUCCAGAUCUGAAGUGGAUGGUUCUGUCCACUGACAUCUCUUCAGUGUCACCCUGCAACACUGCAAGACACAAGAGACCACAGCGCUCAUGGCACUCCACAGAUAAACAAGCUUCUAGAAAGACCUUCUCUGGCCGGAGAAAAUGGGUGAAAGAUCAGCUUUCUCCAGAGGAAGAGGAGAGGAAGAAAAUCAGAAGAGAAAGGAACAAACUUGCAGCUGCAAAGUGCAGAAAUCGCAGACGAGAACUAACCAACAGUCUCCAAGCUGAAACUGAUAGCCUUGAGGAAGACAAGGCAGCACUGCAGUCUGAGAUCGCUAGUCUUUUAAAAGAGAAAGAAAGUCUCGAACACAUUCUUUCUGCUCACAAAUCCCACUGUAAACUAAAGGAGGAGACAGCUGGGGAGACGGAGGAACAAAUCCAAGCCAAGGAGGAGCAGACACCCCUUCAGGCCCCCAACACCACCCCAGAACACAAUCAGGUGCCCACCUCUCCCCAGCAGCCUGACCCCACCAGCGCUGCGAUCUUCGGGGACUCCGACAUCCUUCUGUGUUCCAGUGCAGAACUGGGUGCCGUUGAGGUGGAACCCUACAUUGAUAUGAGGGAUGUGUCCAUGGAAGACAUUAGCAACGUGAUAGACAGUGGUGAUGACAUGGAUUUGUUAGUGCCAGACAUCGAUUUAAGUAGCUCUUUGGGCUUGAGCGAAUGGGAAACCCUGUACAUGUCCAUGGGAGGUGGGUUAGAACCUAUAAGCUCCCCUACAUGUAGCCCGACCUGUAGCAGCAGCAACGCUGUACCUGUUUUCAACUUCAAUAAUGCAGAUGUAGAGAAACAUGACAGCAACAAAGAGAGUUUGAGUAAAUCUAAUGCAUCCAAAGAAGUCUUGAUGACUUUAUGAAGGCUCUGGUACAUUGUGAACAAGACGGUAAUGUUGUUGGUGUGAAAGAAUUGUGGAUGAAAUGAAAAACCCUAACAAAUGUUUUCAUAAAUAGGUCUACAUGUUCUAUGCUUCACAGAAAAUAAUGAAUACUGUGUAAUAAUAACAUUCAAAAGAAAUAAGAUGUAACUUGGUCCUUACAUCCAGUGAAGUCACUAUACCUAUGUACCAAGACAGACAUGUUUCUUCAACCUGUUUGAAGGAUUAUUUAUCAAGAUAUGCUUUUGAAUGCAUUCAUGCACAUUUGUUUCUGUGGGUCUAACUGUAUCAGGUGAUCUUGUGCUGUACAGUGCAGUCUGUUAUAAUAACUGUUUGAUUAACAGCUUGUACUUUGUGGUAUUGUCAAAAGUCAAAUGUGAUCCUGACCAUGAAAAUCUAUUGAGUCCUUUAACAUUAUGCAGUUUUGUUCUUCCUACUUCCGUUUCUGUGG